AUGUUCAAAAAUGAGUAUCAGGGAGGUGCAUUUGUUGAAAUCUUUAGUGCCCAGGGAAAAAAUCCUGGAGCAAAGUGGAAGAUCCUUGGAAGUCCAUCUGUGAUUUGGAAAGAGUUUGAUAAAGAAGUGAAAAGUUUUGUGUUUGUCCUGGAAGGCAGCAGCCAGACAAACAAAAUUCAGUUACCAAAGGAGAAUAAGCAAAUCCUUGGACUGAUCCAGAGGUUUCUUGUACUUCAGAUUUACAUACCCCUGGGACAAGACUUCUCCACUGAAUUGCUAAUUACUGAUUUAGGAAAUAUCAAAAGAAGAUUGUACUUAUCAACGGUCCAUAAAGAACUGUCCUCAACCCCUCUCCAUGCAAAAAUUCCACUCUUCAUGAUCAAGCGUAAAAUUUGGUGCAACCUAUGCAUUGACUUGGUGGCAUUUACCAGUGAAAUAUUCAAGGGAGCAGUUUUCCAGUCAUUGGAUGGAAUUAUUGUCUCAGCUAACUGUAAGCUGCGGAAGAUCUUCACUUUAAAAUCCAAACCUCAAGACACUGCUGAUAAAGAUGCUGGAUAUGGUGUACCUUUUCCAACAGAUGAGCCUACAGACAUUAUUCCACGGAGCUGCCAACUAACGACAGAUGUUCCACAAGUCACACAGCUGCUAAACAUGACCAAACUCCGCCAAACUAUAAUAAAACUCGGAGGUCACCCUCUAAGCUCAGCAGAAUCUGAUCUGUUCCUUAACAGAGGGACAGGUAGUGUGCGGAACAGUAAAAAUCAAGAUGUUUGUCAUAUUGCCUUUGGAUCCAAGGUUCUUGGCCCACCUCCACUCUCUGGCAGAAGAAAUAACCUGAGGAUGUCCAGUGAGACAAUAAGAUCCAUUGGGUCCAAAAAUAACCGAUCAUGCCAACCGUCCACAGUAGAGAGGAGUGUUAACAGUGCAGAAAUGUCAGCUUUGCUGAUUUCUGAGUCUGAGGAGCAAGGAGAUAAAGAAAAUAUUCGCCAAAUAAAGCUGACUGUACCUGUUCAUGCCAAUCUGCAUAUUAUGCAUCCACAUCCCCCUCAAGAACCAUCAGCAGAUAAGAAUAAUAACAGGAGAAGAUUACGGUUAAAAAGCACCAACAGAGAAAGGACAGAGACACCCAGCGGCAGUUCUUCAGGAAAUAGCAGGAAUGGAGAUAAAGCAGCUGUCCUCAUCACUGAGUCCCAGCAAGGAGCUGGGACGGUGAGCCCCAGCACUCCAGCUCCCCAGUCUCCUGAUGAAUCAGAUGAAUGGAUAUUUCCCAACAGUGAUGAUCACAUUCGCCAUUUGGAAUCCAGCAGACAGUCUCUUCUGGGUGAUGACUCCUGCCACACCUCACACUUGUGGCUGGAAACCAGCAAGGAGAGUGAGCAGGACCCGCAGGCAGAGGAGACCUGGAUUGUCCCAAAGGACGUGUUUACCUUUUCAUCAAGACCGCGAUCAGCACCGCACGGAAAGACUCAGAACAUGUCCCCAGAGGGGUGCCCAUUUAUUCUGGAUCUAACAGAGGAUACCGGUGUGACCCAAAUGGAGGAUGAAUUUUAUAAUGAAGACAGCAGCGAAGAGGGUAACUACAGUGUCCAGGAUUCUCCUAGUUCAACAACUAGUCCAUCAGGGUUAACUCAGUUAACAUUAGAGAGCAUGCUGGGAAAGACUGCAAGGUGGACAAGUAAAGAAUAUCUAAAAAGUGCCUACACAGAAGCAGAAGCAUCAGAAAGCCAGAAUUUCUUGGUGCAGCAGAUAGAUAGAAACAACCUUCAACCGAGUUUGGUGCCUGUGCCAUCGCUUUCUCCCCCUGGAAGAAGCAGUGAACCCUCUCAGAAUGCUCCAGAUCCUAUUAUCACAGCAAAGGACCCACUGGCCCAUCAAGUGCCAGCUUCAGUAAACAAAGCCUCCCUGAAGGAAAUCUCAGAGGAGAAGCUGAGACCAAUUCCUGGAGUAGCAGAAUAUGACUGGAGAAACUACCAGCCCAGCCAGAUGAGUGAAUCUGAGUUGCAAAUGCUGGCAAGCCUACGGCAGCAGCAGAAUGAUGAUCUGGAGGACACGGGGGCUGCGCAUGGCCUGAGUGCCUCCCAGGUGGACAACUGUAACGUCAGCAUCAGUACCAGCAGUGACGACACCACCACCUGGAACUCCUGCCUGCCGCCUCCUGUCAACCAGGGUCGGCACUAUCAGAAAGAAAUGAAUCCACCUUCUCCUUCUAACCCCCGGGACUGGCUAAACAUGCUGAGCCCACCCAUCGUUCCCCCCAGUCGGCAGCCUGCAGAGCAGCAUCAGGAUUCUUCUGGAAGUUUGACUGCUCAAGGUGAAGAAGACCUGAGUGUGGAAGAGGACGAGGAAGUGCUGACUCUUCUGUAUGACCCAUGUCUGAACUGUUACUUUGAUCCCCAGACUGGGAAAUACUACGAGUUGGUGUAA